CCGCCUAAAACUUUCAACAUUACAGAUUUGACCCCCAAUAUAUACGCACAGAGUUCAAGCGUGCCCCUCCAUUUCGCUGUCUCCUUCGUUUCGAAGGAACUGAGGAGUACCAGUCAUGGAGUUUUCUAUAAGUACUACCGCCACGGCACUGUAUUUUCUGGUCUUGCUCUUCGCAACUCGCGUGACUGCACUCGUAGGUGUUGGUGUGGAAAAUAAAGUGGUAAAUGUGACUUUAAUCCCUCUUGUGGAAUCUCUACGAUACAAGGAUGUAAGACUAUGCGAGCGAAUCCAAGUGUCUGGUCUAUCAAGACUAAAACUUGGGAGUUAUUCAAGUGCACGCCAGGUCACCUUGGUCCCAAUUCCGGAAAGACUUCAUAAGAAAAUGCAGUUUUGUUUCCACUGGAAUUCUUCACUUGGACUGUGUCAUUGUGAGAAUGAUAGCUGGACAAGCAUGCAGAAUAACGUGUUGAACUCUGUCAUUUCACCAUAUGAGGACAGAUAUAUUGAUGUGAAAUUCGUUGAUGACUUUUCUGCUUUGGAACCAGUUACUCUUACUGUUGCUGUUGCAGAAGAGUUUCAGAGAUGGCGUCUGCUUUGUCUUGCUUUUGGUUUUGUACUAUUGCUGCUGGCACCGAUUGUUAGUAGCUGGGUUCCUUUUUAUUACAGCAUUUCAAUGGCUAUAGGAGUUUACCUUGUCGUCAUAAUCCUUCUCUUCCAGGUACCAUGCUUUCAUUUAUUUUGAUUUGAUUUGCAGUUACUUGGGUUUCCAUUUCAAUGAUGAUACUUCCUUUUUCCUUUUUCUUUUCUUGAAUUUCUUUUCACGUCUUCUCGUAUUAAGCCAGAAGUACCAUUCUUAAUGUACUAAGAAAGAAGUCACUUAUGUUAGGAAUAUAAGACUCCCACAAAUUUUUGAGCAUGAGGUCCGAGUGAAAACUGCAGAUGACUAUGAGCCAAAGCAUCUUGUUAGUUAUUAAUCAAUUGCCUUACGGUUCCCGAGGAAGAAAAAAUACGAGGAGCCAAAUGGAAACUGAUCACUUCUUUGAAAGAUAACUACCUUAUUUAAUAUGACAUGGACUGGAAUGAAAUUGAUCUUUUUGCUUUGUGGGAUUAAUUAAUUGGGUGGGGAUAUGGGCUUCUUGGCUGAAUUCUUAAUUAUUGAGGAAAACAGCGGUAAAUGCAAGAGUUGAAUUUUGAAGCAAACAGGAAGUUCCAAGAAAAAUAUAAAUGUGGCUUAAGUGAUGAGGAUUGUAGAAUGCUGACCUUUGGUCUUCUUGGCCUAUCUUACCUUACAUCUUUAAGGAAAGUGUUAUGGCUAAUCUUAGGUGAAAAAUCUAUUGUUGAUGUUUUUCUUGGGCUAAUAAGAAAGUCCUAGUAAGUUAUUGCAGGAAAGAAACAAUUAUUUGUAGCCUCUGUGGGACUAUGAGAAUAUCCAUAAACAACAAUCCUCUAACGGCCUUCUUUCAUCCUUUGGCUUUGGUUCUUUUUUGGUAUGUGAGAUGUGAAAUCUUAUUCGGGAUACUUAAGUAUUUUUACACCAUUUAUUGCAUUAUGAAGUUUAAUAUUUGACAUGGGUAUAGGAUUGAACAAGUUUGUUUGGAAUAGCUGAAAAUGUGUAGGGUCUGCCAGAACAUUGGGUAUAAGUGGAGCACUUUUUCGAAAGUGGAAGAAUGACAUGUGAAAACCUUUGUUAACUACAAUUUAUUUAUUUAUUGAUUUCUCUAUUUAUUUAUUUCCUUCAUAUAAAAAAUAGUCCAAAACAAUAGACACUCUGUGCAUGCAUAAUACUAUGUUGUAGGGCUGC